CUUUUCAAAAAAAUACAAUUGUGCUUAACAAAAUCUGAUUGGUCAAAAGUUAUUGGAAAUAGUUAUUUAAGAAAAACAAUAUAUUGGAAAGUACAAUUUUAUAUAUUUUUUUAAUAAGUGUGAAAAAACUAUAAUAUGAAUCUUUUAGGAACAUAAAGAGUAUAUAUUAAAAUGUUAAACAUUAGACGUUCUUUCACUAAAUUUAUACUAAGGCUGUAACUGGGAUGAAAGGAAUUACAAAUUUUGAAAUACAAAAAAUGGAAUGACAGAUAAAAUGGAAUAAAAAUUGAAACUAGUUAAUUCUACUCAUCUCAUUCAUUCAUGAACAUUUUUUGCAGAGAAUAAAAAGAAUAGAUUUUACAAAGGAUUGUUCUGUUGUUCCAUUCCAAAAAUAGAAUAUAUGGAAUUGGUUUAAAAAGGUUUUAAUGCGAACUGGUAAAUAUUUCUUGGAAUUCAAUGGAAUGAUGCAUUCCAGAUAAAGAUAUCCCACAAAAAAGCAUUCUUGCACCCUAAAUGAAUGGCCUAUUUUUUCUUUUGAACUACUACCAAAGGAAUGGUUUAGUUAAUCAUAUAUUCAUUCAUAUUAUAAGUCAAACUUUGUAGCCUUACUUUAUGCAAAAAGGGCACUUUCUAAGAUUAAAAAUACGUACAGUACUACUUUAAUUUUAAAAACUCUUCAAUAGUUUAGUGUGAUGAUAUAUCUCCAUCUGAAUCGUAAUGUUAUUUGACAUUUAAUGUAAGAAAUAAUUAAGUCAUGGCGUAAACGUGAACAACAUAUAGUCCACAUAUUCUAUAAGGAUUUUAUAAUUUAGAAACAGAAUACUAAAAGAUAAUCAUGUCAUGUUACGUUUAGCGCUAAACUAGGAAACCCUGAUUUCGUGGUCGAGGAUACUAUAAUAUAAAAAACCAGAAGAGCUAAACUGGAUCUCAAAAAAAUGACCGACGAAGUGAUUCUUCUUGAUUAUUGGCCAAGCAUGUUCGGGAUGGGGACGACGAAGAUAGCUUUGGCUGAGAAAGGAGUGGCGUAUGAGUACAAGGAGACAGACCCUAGGGUGAAGACAUCUUUGCUCAUCGAGACGAACCCAAUUCACAAGAAGAUUCCCGUUCUCAUCCACAAAGGUAAACAGAUCUGUGAACCUCUUAUCCAGCUCGAGUACAUCGACGAGGUUUGGUCCGAUACAUAUCCUAUCCUCCCUUCUGAUCCUUACCAGAAAGCUCAAGCUAGAUUCUGGGGUGCUUUCAUCGACAAAAAGUUUUACGACCCAUCAUGGAAAGUAUGGGGAACAACGGGAGAAGAACAAGUUACAGCCAAAAAAGAAUUGCUUGAACAUUUCAAGACACUUGAAACGGAGCUUGGAGACAAAACUUACUAUGGUGGGGAUGUCUUCGGAUUCGUAGACAUUGCACUAAUGGGAUAUUACAGCUGGUUCAAAGCCAUUGAGAAGUUUGGUGAGUUCAGUAUCGAAGCAGAGUUCCCAAAAUUGACUCAGUGGACCAAGAGGUGUUUAGAGAGAGAUAGCGUGGUUAAUUCAUUAGCUGAUUCUGACAAGAUUGUCGAGUAUGCUUAUGUUCUCAGAAGGAAAUUGGGAGCUGAGUAGAUCUUUGUCAGGUUGUCGAAAUGAGUCUGAACACAUAAGGAAAAAGAUGGUUUGAUAUCAAGAAGACUGUUAUGUUCUGUUUUAUGUGAAAUUUGUAUUUUCUUUUGUUUUUUAAUACUUUCUAGUUUCUAAAGUAGGAUUAUCCAUAAUAAAAAUGUUUGUUUCCUCUUU